GUAGCUUCUGACCGCUAGAGCUUGCCUCUCGUGAAGUUAACGUAUUUACUCCGCUGACUGUUUGUUGUACUUAUUCUUGGGCUUACCCGUUGUCCAUUGUACUCGACCGCAAAAAAAGCCUCCGCUCUGCAACUUACCUAACAUACUACCUCAUUUUCCUGCACCUGUCUCUAUGACAAGAUCACACUAGCAUCAUGACUGACCCUCCGGAGCCUUCUUCCAGACGUUGCCAGAACGACUCGGCCGCUGCUCCACCUCUGCAGUAUCCUACGUUCCCUCCCUUGAGUGCUUCUGUCGAAGAGUGGCUAUCUCGAUCGAGACCUAUCAACAUGACGUCAAAUCUGCCAACCACAGACCAGACCUCUCGGUCACUGAGUGAGAGCUGGGCCACGAUGAGCGUCUCCGAUAUAUACUCCGAGGACGGUACCCGCUCGGAGCAGACCGAUAUGGGGUCUCUGAUCGAUCAGACUGGUCCAGACGAUGUGGCCAGCCUUGACGAGACUUCAAGCAACAGUGAAAUCGAUGCAAGUGAUGAUGACGGAUACUACGGUGAGAACUAUGAGUCGACGGGCAAUGUGUCGGCCACUCAAGAACUGUCUUCUGCUUUCCCUCCCCUCGGGGCCUCGAUCGAUGACAGUGGUCUCACCACCCAGACUGCUUUCCGUCAAUCGACCGAGUCCAUCGAGUUUGCUGAACCUGAGAGCUGGCCCGAAGUCGACCGCGUAGAAUUGAAACUUUCCAUUCGUGUGUUCGAAGGUCUCGAGGCAGCAGCAUUGAAGCAGAAACUCUCUAACACAACCCAAGACUCAACGCUUACAGCUACAGUGCAACAAACCAUGAUGAGAAGAUCUUUGGACACAGACAAGCCUUUCCGCGUGCUCUACGUUGGCAGCCCGGACUUCCGAAAUAUCAUCCUGGAUAAAAUCGGAGAUGUUCUGGUGGCAAGCUCUCCCUGUAGCAGUUACGAAAGCAGUUCCACCGAGUCCUCCAGGUAUCAUGUGGUUCCAACAUCCUUCGGUGCCGGGGCGAUCCCUAAUUUCGCUGAGCUCCUGCCCAUUCAUGUACAACUUAUCGUGGACGAAUGUCUCAACGCCUCUGCAGACAGUCAGACUGACAAGCCCAGCACGAUUACAUUGAGUCUCAAGAACCAACCUCCAUAUACAUCAAAGUGGGCAGGCGCCGACUAUUGCAUUUCUUCUCCUGUGGAGUGGACGUUGCCCGAUGUAGCCAUUAUUUUUCUAGCAACCACCGACAGCGACAAGGACAUGGAGACGCAGAGGCUGGCUCGCAUCUUCUUGGAAAGACACGGCGUGCCCACAAUGGCAAUCUCAGAACGCCCGCUGUGGACAAUGACGAGGGAUCCUGUUCCCGUGAAUCACCACAGUCUUCACAUGUGCCUGGAAUCGCGUCAUCCGGUUACUGGAAAGUCUACACUUGUGAACAGGUAUCCGAUUGACAUCAAGACAUUUGAGAGCAUUGCGCCCAGACAGCUCAACAGGAACCUGGCUUCUCUGGCAACUAUAUAUCCGCGGAAUGUCUAUCAGGUCCCUCCCGAGCGUCCAAAGGAGCCGCUAGUGAAGCGAGCUCUGAACGCCGUGGAGCACACAUGGAAAGUGACCCCUCUCCCCUUCACCAAUGGAAAUCACAAACUGGCAUUCUUACUCCGCUUGACUGUCCUGUUUGCUGCCGCUGUAUUGACUAUAACUUUUGGCCAUUUUGCUCUCAGGGCACUUGUCUUGUUUCUUACCCAGUAUUUUGCACACCCUGGAGUCUCCAGCGCAGUCACAACUCAUUCCCAGAAUACGCAAACAGCCAGCGGGCUCCCUCUGGAUGGAUCAUUUUCGGUGGUGCCGUCGAAUUUAGCUGGUAUUCAAGCUCAUGGCCGCUCUUCGUUGGAGGAUUUUAUGGACGGAAUCCUCUCUCCGACUCAGCCAAAUGAAGGCCCCCAUGAGUUCGAGUUUCAGGUGGUUGGCGACUGUCAUCUUGCCAUCAAACCACCACAUAAAUCUUUCAUUGGCAGGAAGGGCCCACGUUUUAGUGUCCAGGUAAACCGAGAUGGCAAGUCCCUCGAUUACGAACUUUCGACCUUGUUCGAAGGAGUAUACACCUUGAAACUCGACCGAGCUGAUGCGUAUGGGCUGGUGAAUGUCAUAAUCACGUCAAACUCCAAGCCGCCUUUCACACAGACUACUUCUGUGGACUUUGGUACACCAUGGUUGAAGAUCCAGAAUUGGAAACGAGCCGCCCAUGCCAUUUCGUCCCAAUUUUUGAAGGAGUUUGGCAGCGCGCAAACGGGCCUGUCAGAGGCAUAUGGACGUAUCUGCACCGACCUCCAGGUGCUCAUGGGUGACGUCGUCAAAAAAGCCCAUUUUCUGCGACGAGAGGCGUCCUCGCUAGGACAUGACUCGGUGCAACUAUCCCAUGGUACCAAAGAACUGGUCCUGUCGAAGUCGGCGCAGCUUGGUCAAGUUGUCAAACGUACUGCCGUGCAACCUCUCUUAGCCGCCUCAGCCGCAUUCCAAGGUCACACCGAACGAAUCAAUAAGGGGGCCAGGGAGGUCAUGAGUGGCACAUGGAACAAGAUAAGUGCUUCCGCACAAGGGCUUGAUCUUACGAACAUGAAGACGCAUAUCCGCAAUGCAAGGAAGUGCCAGACUUUAAGCAAGGCGCAGCAGAGGGCCAGGAGCCUCAUGAAACGGAAGACUUGCCGGCAGACUAGAUGUGCGAACUAAGGAGGUCUAACAGCUGGACUGGACUCUUUG